AUAAUAAUAUAAAUAAAUAAAAACCAAAGAGUAGUUUACAUUGCCAUCACCACCAAUAGUAGAAAAGAUGGGUAAUAGGGUACCCGUAAACACAACUCCCCAACAAUUAAUGUUUCAACUAAUAACAUACCAAUUAUUCCAAAAUUUCUCGAUUUAGUUUCCAAUCUAUGGCAAUUAAUAAAUUUAUCCUUUAGUCUUUUCAUUUUCCAAAUACAUCAUUCUUACAGAAUUGUUAAAAUGGAAAUAACCUAACAUUGACACGUGCCAUGCAUAUCUGCAAUGAAAUAAUAAUAAAAAAAAAAAUUAUUGAUAGCUUACCUUCGAAAGAAAGAGAUUCUCAAGGGAACUAGGGUGUAUGAUUUAACCAAAAAAAAAAAAAAAACAACCAUUUAUGAAGAUUAAACAAAGAAAAAAAAGGAACAGUUUUCUUAAAAAAGAUUUUAUAAAGAGAAAAAAAAAACCAUAUUCCAGUAAGCAGAACUAAGAAUCAAAACAGAGAGGAAAAACAAUAACAGUAGAAUAGAAAGAAGGAUUCUUGGAUCAAUAUCCCUAUCUCUUCUCCUCUUUUUCUUCUCCUCCUAUAUACAAAACAUGGGUUUUCCCUCUCCACAAUCCCAAAAUAGAUCAUUCCGUAAUUUAUGUUUUCAAGAACAAUGCCUACAAUUCUGAGGAAUCCCUUUCUUCCUCCUCAUUUCUUCUUCACCAUAGCCUUGAUUUUAUGUGUAAAAUCCCUUCUCUUUUCUUCUUCUUACUCCAUUGAUGAGCAGGGUAGAGUUCUUCUUGAAUGGAAGAAGAAUCUAACAAGCCCCAGAGAUGUGUUAAGAUCAUGGAAUCCGAAGGCGGCGACGCCAUGUUCAUGGUUUGGAGUUGUGUGCAACUCCAAUGGACAGGUGGUGGAGAUAAUCCUGAUAUCACUGGAAUUGCUAGGUACAUUGCCUACAAAUUUUCAAGCUCUCAAGUUCUUGGGGACUCUUGUGAUCUCUGACACGAAUAUUACGGGAAGCAUUCCGAAAGAGUUUGGAGAUUAUAUGGAGCUGAAUGUUCUUGAUCUAAGCAGAAAUUUCCUCAAGGGAAGAAUCCCAGAAGAUCUUUGCAAGCUGAGCAAGCUUCAGGAUUUGAUUCUUCAUAACAAUGAGUUUGAAAACAUACCUACGACGAUUGGAAAUCUUACAAGCCUUGUGAAUUUCCAAAUCACAGACAAUAGUAUAAAUGGGGAGAUUCCUAAAAGCAUCGGAAUGUUGAAGAAUCUUAUGGUUUUCAAAGCUGGAGGGAAUUUAUAUCUAGAGGGUUUGUUGCCAGAUGAGAUUGGAAACUGCAGCAGUUUAACAAUGUUAGGAUUAUCCGACACUGGAAUCUAUGGUGCUCUUCCUCCAACAAUUGGGAUGCUGCAAAAGAUUCAGACCAUACACAUGUAUAGAUCAAAACUUUUUGAAUCACUCCCAGAAGAGAUUACAAACUGUAGUGAAUUACAAACUCUUAGACUGUAUCAAAAUGGUAUUUCUGGAAGGAUACCACGAGGAAUCGGGAAGAUGAAAAAGCUUAGAAUCCUUCUUCUAUGGUUGAACUUGAUGGAUGGUGACAUUCCAGAAGGAAUUGGAAACUGCGACGAACUGGUACUACUUGAUCUUUCAGAAAAUUCUCUAACAGGACCUAUCCCUAAAAGUUUAGGACGACUUAAGAACCUUGCAGACAUUCAACUGAGUGUUAAUCAGCUUAAUGGUACAAUACCACCCGAAAUUUUUAAUAUUACGACUUUGAUUCAUGUGGAAAUAGACAACAAUAGAUUAUGGGGGGAGAUACCAACUAAUGUAGGAAACCUGAAGAACCUUCGUACAUUUUUACUAUGGGGGAACAACUUGACAGGCACUAUUCCCCCCAGUCUCCCAGACUGCCGAAAUAUCAUCUUGCUUGAUUUAUCUCUCAACCAGUUAAUAGGUCCAAUACCGACAGGGAUUUUCGCUAUGAAAGGACUCUCCAAACUUCUUCUCUUAUCAAAUAAUCUAUCCGGGAUCAUCCCUCCUGAAAUUGGAAACUGUACCACAUUAACCAGACUCAGACUGUCUAUGAAUAAGCUUGGAGGUAUUAUCCCUUCAGAGAUGGGAAAUCUCAAGAACUUAGAACAUCUUGACAUGGGUGAAAACCUUUUGGUUGGAGGAAUUCCUUCGACCUUUUCCAAAUUGGAAAAACUUGAGUCUCUUGACCUACGUACAAAUAAGCUCACUAGUCUCCCAAAAAUUCUGCCAAAGAACCUAGUGCUUCUUAAUGUAUCCAACAACAUGAUUAAAGGUCAGAUCAAACCCAACAUUGGAGAAUUGUUGAAAUUAACUAAACUAGACCUAAAAAACAAUCGGUUUUAUGGGAAGAUCCCUGAAGAAAUAACAUACUGUGAGAAAAUCCAAUAUUUAGACCUCAGCAAUAAUUUCUUCUCUGGGGAAGUCCCUAAGCAAUUAGGAACAUUUGCUUCACUUGACAUUGCUCUUAAUCUAAGUUACAAUCAAUUCUCAGGACAAAUCCCAAAUGAAUUGUCUGGUCUUACCAAGCUAAGUGUUCUAGACCUCUCCCACAACAACUUCUCAGGAGAACUUGGCUUUCUAUCGGAGCUUGAAAACCUUGUCACUUUAAACAUCUCCUACAACAACUUCUCUGGAAAAUUGCCCGACACACCCUUCUUUCAAAAGCUCCCUGAAAGCUCUAUUUUCGGAAACCAAGACCUCAUCAUUGUUUCAAACGGAGGACCUAAUCCUAAAGAAAAUGGGGGAUUCAGCAGCAUAAGCAAAGAAGCAAUACAAAUAGCCUUGCCUAUCUUGAUCAGCAUAAGUGCAGUGUUGUUCUUUUUAGGAUUCUACAUGCUAAUUCGAACCCACAUGGCCCAUUUCAUUCUUUUCACAGAAGGAAACAAAUGGGAAAUAACCCUGUUUCAAAAGCUCGAUUUCUCAAUUGACCACAUCAUAAGAAACUUAACCGCAUCCAACGUUAUCGGCACCGGAAGCUCCGGUGCCGUCUAUAGAAUCACAACCCCAAAUGGGGAAACAAUGGCAGUGAAGAAAAUGUGGUCCACUGAAGAAACUGGAGCCUUCAGCACUGAAAUCGAAAUUUUGGGAUCAAUUCGACACAAGAACAUAAUCAGACUACUAGGUUGGGGAUCUAACAGGAAUUUGAAAAUCUUGUUUUAUGAUUAUCUUCCAAAUGGAAACUUGAGCUCCCUUAUCAAUGUCUCUGAAAUAGGAGGAGCAGAAUGGGAGGUAAGAUACGAAGUCCUUCUAGGAGUGGCUCAUGCUCUAGCAUAUCUUCACCAUGACUGUAUUCCACCAAUCUUACAUGGUGAUGUGAAAACCAUGAAUAUCCUACUCGGCCAUGACUUUGAACCAUAUCUAGCCGAUUUUGGGAUAGCCAAAAUCGUGAGUACAAAAAGUGGUAACGAUAGUUUAGAGACGCCAUUGACAAGACCUCAACUUGCAGGCUCUUUUGGCUACAUGGCCCCUGAACAAGGGUCCACGAUUAAAAUCACAGAGAAGAGCGAUGUUUAUAGCUUCGGUGUGGUGAUAAUGGAGGUUCUAACAGGGCGGCAUCCACUGGACCCAACUUUACCAGGAGGAGUUAAUUUGGUGCAAUGGGUUCAAGACCAUUUUGCCGCACACCAAAACAAAGCGGACAUUUUCGAUUUAAAGCUCAGAGGAAGAACGGAUCCGACAAUCCACGAAAUGAUUCAAACCCUAGCCGUGGCAUUAGUUUGUGCCAAUGUCAAGGCUGAUGAUCGACCCUCUAUGAAAGAUGUUGUGGCCAUGCUGGAGGAAAUUCGACAUUCCGAAUUGGGAAGAGCUGCUACCGAAACCGAUGAGUCUAAGCCGGAAAUGGCGAUUGUGGUUCAAUCGCCAUUGUGA